CGCACCCAUGCCCCGCGCAACCCUCCACCCUUUCGUUCAGUAUGGCUAAGAAAGCCUACCGUAACCGUCCCAAGCAGACCACUCUGAGAUUCGCGGCUCUACCUUCAUCUUCGCCAGCAAGAGAUGGCUACAGUGAAGCCGUGCAUGACCGUCUAGCGUCUGUUCGCUAUACUGGUCCCUCAACGUCUUCUUCAUCCAAAAUGUCCAGGCUCUCCCGCGCCAAACCUGCAUUGCCCACCCCAGAACCAUCUUCUCAGCCUGAGAUCGACCAGCUGAAACGAGAUCCCAAUGUCAUCUCUUCAUCAGAAGACUCAGACGAGGAUGAGCUAGUUCUUCCAUCUCAGAAACGCCGCAAAAUAUCCCAGACACCCUUGUCCGCUCCCACUACCUCCCCCACUCCUCAAAGAUUCACCCGUUCCUCUUCCAAACCGACCACUCAGAUCUGUCUCGACUCAGACGAUCAAGAAACAGAAAUCACUCCUGCCUCACCAACAAGACGAUCUACACGGCUGAGGCGGCGAGAGCCUUCUCAAUCUCCACCUCAUGACAAUCUACAUCCUGCCUCAACUUCUCCCCUCUCCAAACCAUCCUUGGAUUUCGCCUCAGCCGAGACCAGUGAUGAGGACGACGUCGUUCUCGCUUCUCGCCCUCUGCCCAGCCGCCGCCGCACAGGGUCCAUCCCACAAAAGGAUUCUUUCAUUGCCAACGAUGACGACGUGACGUACAUCUCGGAUGAUCUAGACGCGAAACCACGCAGACCCAAUCGACCAAAGAGAUCGACAGACAACUUUAUUGUAUCUGAUGAUGAAGUCAGUCCCAGCCGCCGGGUUGCAACGACCCAGAAGAGGAGAAAAGCACGUCACACCCGAACGAGGCAAGAGCAAGAUGAACUUGAUGAUGAACUUGAAAAUCUCCAGAACUCAGAUAUCGACGAGUCUCCUGCAAUGUCCCGCACAAGAGGUGGACCUGUCACGACGAAACGAGACAGCACCAAAGAGCAUUUCGAAUUACUUCGACGUCGGCGAGCGGGCGAAAAGAUACCACGAAUUCGGGACUCUGAAGACGAAUCAGACAGCGUUUCAAACCAUUCUAGUGCCGUCAACAUCGAUCUGAUUGGAGAAUAUGAUCCUCAAGGGGACCUGUCAGACGAUAGUCUCCAUGAAGUGCCUGAUAUAGACUACCGAGCGGAAGAUGAUGAUGACGACGAUGUGGACGACUUCAUCAUCGAUGAUAGCGAAGAGAGACCCGGUCGCCCUCUGCGUGACAUCCCAUUACAAUUCACAUCAUAUGCUUCUGCCAAACCGAAAGAAUUGUUCUUCUACAUUAUCGAAUGGCUCGUCAAGAACAAGAUUGCCCCCGCCUUUUCUCGUCAAGAUGAGUUGUACAAUCUGGCCUUUGACAGAGUAGAGGACCAAGUUAAAGCUCAAGCCGGCAGUAGACUCAUCUCUUCAGCCUGGGGUGCCGAGUUCAAGCGAGUCAUCAUGGCCCGACCGGAAAUGAAAGUUAAGCUACUCCCGGGCUUCGAUGAAGACCACAUUAGAGAUUGUGAUGCAUGCAACAGAACCAACCAUCCGGCCCGAUAUGAGUUCAUCUUCUCUGGUCAGCCGUACUGCAAAAAGACGUUGGAGCCUGUCGAUGAUUCUGACGAGGAGGAUGAAGACGCAACUGGGCAAGACCACGAUGAACACGGUUAUGCCCUGCCAAGUUCUGCUAAGCGAUACUACUUGGGUCGGACUUGUGCGGCCAAUGCUCAAAUGGGACAUAAGCUAACCCACUGGAAGCAUCAUCUGAACGAGAGCUUGAUGUCGUACCUUGAGGAGCAAGGCGUCUUGUCUGCCGAAGCCAUUGUCGCCCGCGAGAAGAUCAACAAAAAGAAACGAGAACGACAAGCCGAGCACGUUGUUGAAAGCAUGGAUAGUACGGGCAUGAUUGAUGAGCUUUGGUCAGCAUUCAAAUGCAACCUUGAAGACGCCCGCUUGGGUAUGGAAGCGUAA